GGGGGAUCAGAAGAACCAAUGUGAGUGGGAGAGUCACAAGUUGAUAAUUCAAGCAGGCCACAAGGUAGAGAGAGGGGCACAAUAUGGCAACAGCUUCCCACAUCAUCGACAUCCCUUUCCAAGAACAGGAGCGUCGACUACUGACCCAGCUGAAGACCAUGCGAGACCAGGACCAGUUGUGUGACAUGACCAUACGGGUGGGGACACGGGAAUUCCGCUGUCAUCAGGCUGUACUAGCAGCCAGCAGUGCUCAUUUCCGCAGUGUUUUCAUACAGGGAGCGCUCAGCUUUCCCAAGAUCCUUGACCUCACCUUCACCUCAGCAGACGUCUUCUCCAUCAUCUUAGACUUCGUCUACACGGCCAGUCUUAAGUGUCCUGCAAACGUCUUACCUCAGGUCCUCCAGGCAGCCAAAGUUCUGGAAAUCCACACUCUUGUGGAUCAUCUUCUUCUGUUCUCAGCUGCAUUUGAAGAUGGGAAUAAUACAUGUACAUCAAAUGAGGAGAUGGCACAGUCUUCCCUUACAAACUCAGCAGAACUCUUAGCAGAGUCCUGUAGAAAUUUACCUGAAGUUUCAGUGCAGUCUACCUGUACAAACCUACCUGUACCUGCAGGACAACCCACCUGUACAAACUUACCUGUACAUACAGGACAGCGCGCCUGUACAAACUUACCUGUACCUGCAGGACAGCCCACCUGUAAAGACAUCCAUGUACCUGUGUCUUCAUCAGGAGACCCCACUUGUACAAUCUCACCUGAACUUUCACCACAGCCAUGUACAGACUUACCUGUACCUGCAGGACAGCCCACCUGUACAACUGUACCUGUCCUUACAGGACAGCCCACCUGUAAAGACUUACCUGUACCUGCAGGACAGCCCACCUGUGCAAACUUACCUGUACCUGCAGGACAGCCCACCUGUACAACUGUACCUGUCCUCACAGGACAGCCCACCUGUAAAAACUUACCUGUACCUGCAGGACAGCCCACCUGUACAAACGUACCUUUACCUGUGCCCUCAGGUGUACACACACCUGUCUCGACACCUGACUCAGGUGUUCAGGACCAUGUGGUGGUGAAACAAGAGGAGCAAGAGUAUGAGCAGGAGGAGGUUGGACAGUGGUCGGAAGAUUGUCAUCAGGAAGAAGAGUCCAUGGUGCGCCAGAUCACAGAGCUGAGGGCAGAGGUCAUAUACCUACGGCAGCAGCUCAGAACUGCAAUCGGAGACCCACAGCAGCUUAGAACUGCUAUCGGAGACCCACAGCAAGGCGCAACUGCUGUUGGAGACCAGCAGCAAAUCAUCAGAACGGUAAAAAGACCUCUUGGUUGUUUGAGAAAAAGUUUAUUGUCAAAUGUUGACUGCUCAAACAACAUGUAUGAUGUCAUUUCUUUUGGUUCCCUUUAAGAGAUCCCUUUGUACAUGGAUACAUGCUAGACAUUAAUAGUAGAA